GCACACUUUUCGAACCUUCGAUUCUUCCACUCAACGAGUCGACCAAUCUAACGCCAAAAGCAGUCGCCAUGUCGGACGGAAAGGACAAGAGCGCAAACCCCAUGCGCGAGCUGCGCAUCCAGAAGCUCGUGCUCAACAUCAGUGUUGGCGAGUCUGGUGACAGACUUACCCGUGCUGCUAAGGUGCUCGAGCAGCUGAGCGGUCAGACUCCAGUCUACAGCAAGGCUCGCUACACUGUCCGUACCUUCGGUAUCCGUCGUAACGAAAAGAUUGCCGUCCACGUUACCGUCCGUGGCCCCAAGGCCGAGGAGAUCCUCGAGCGUGGCCUCAAGGUCAAGGAAUACGAGCUGAGAAAGAAGAACUUCUCCGAGACCGGCAACUUCGGCUUCGGUAUCAGCGAGCACAUCGAUCUCGGUAUCAAGUACGACCCUGGUAUCGGUAUCUACGGUAUGGACUUCUACUGCUGCAUGACCCGCCCUGGUGAGCGUGUUGCCAAGCGCCGCCGCUGCAAGUCUAGCAUCGGUUCCAACCACAAGAUCACCCAGGCUGAGACCAUCAAGUGGUUCAAGAACCGCUUCGACGGCAUUGUCCGGUAAAUAUUCCGUCCAUGGGUCUGCGAAGGGGCCGCUUUGGGGUUGUGUGUUUUAUGAUGAAUCGAUAAAAAAGGCGGGCGUUUCUCUACAUUGCCGCUCUGCUCUGAAAUGCUUCUCUCUACCACGGCAU